AUGGACAAGCAGGAUAAGAAACACAGACUGCUGUCUCAUGCAGAGUGGAAGGCUGCAGGCAAAGGGGAUGCACCUACCAAGAGGCCACCUGUUUUACGAGCAGGUAUUAACACUGUGACUAAUUUGGUUGAAAGCAAGAAAGCCCAGCUGGUCAUUAUUGCUAAUGAUGUUGAUCCUUUUGAGCUUAUAGUUUUGCUGCCUGCCCUGUACCACAAAUGGGAGUUCUAUACUGUAUUGUUAAUUGAAAUCAGACUGUGCCAUUUAGUGCACAUAAAGAACACUAUCACCAUUGCCUUCACUCUUGUGAAUCUUGAGGAUAAAGGAGCAACUGCAAAACUGAUCACAGCUUGCUGGACCAAAUAUAAUGACACAUACGAUGAGAUAUGCCAGCACUGGGGUGAUAAUAUCCUUGGUCCACAAUCCACUGCACAAAUCACCAAACUUGCAGCGGCUAAAGCCAAAGAACUAACAAUCAAGCUAUGCUAA